UGACAUGGAGUACCGGCACUGGGGCGUCAUCUGCGUGGUGCUGGUGCUCGCCGCCGUCACCAGUGUCGGUGUCGGCGUACCGCUGGCGCUCAAGGCGCGGCGCACGGCCGGCCUGACCGAGCGGCUGGAGAUGGCGAACGUGCUGCUACAGCAGGUGCCGCUCAUCGACGGACACAACGACUUUCCGUGGAACCUGCGCAACUUUGUGCACAACGAGGUGGACGCUUUCAACUUCAGCGCGGACCUGCGGCAGGUGGCGCCGUGGAACCUGAGUCGCUGGUCACAUACGGACCUGCCGCGGCUGCGACAGGGACGGGUCGGGGCGCAGUUUUGGGCGGCCUACGUGCCGUGCAAGAGCCAGUGGAUGGACGCCGUGCCACUGAGCCUGGAGCAGAUCGACGUGGUCCGCAGGCUGGUGCAGCAGUACCCGCAGUACCUGACAUUCGCCACCAGCGCACAGGAUAUUGUCGACGCCCACAAAUCGGGUCGAAUAGCCAGCCUUCUGGGUGUCGAAGGAGGCCAUUCAUUGGGCAACAGCCUGGCCGUACUGCGAACAUUCUACCGCUCCGGGGUGAGGUAUCUCACCCUGACGCACACCUGCGACACACCCUGGGCAACUUCGGCUUCUGGAGAAGCUUCCAAACAAGGCAUCAGCAGAGGGCUGAACGACUUCGGCAAGGCGGUGAUUUUAGAGAUGAACCGGCUGGGGAUGAUUGUCGACCUGAGUCACACCAGUCUGCGCACCACCCAGGACGCGCUGGUGGUGUCGCGCGCGCCCGUCAUCUUCUCACACUCCUCCGCGCAGGCGCUGUGCAACACAUCGCGCAAUGUACCAGACCAUAUUCUGGAACAGGUGGCUCUGAAAGGUGGCAUGGUGAUGGUGAAUUUCUACUCUGAGUUUAUCACCUGCAACACCAGUGCAAAACUCACGGACGUUAUAGCGCACCUGAACCACAUCCGGUCCGUGGCCGGGAUCGACCACGUCGGACUGGGAGCCGGCUACGACGGCAUCAACUGGACUCCGGAGGGCCUGGAGGACGUGUCCCGCUACCCCUACCUGUUUGCUGAGCUGGUCAAAGACGACUCGUGGAGUGAGGAAGACCUGAAAAAGCUGGCUGGCCAAAACUUCCUCCGAGUCUUCAGAACAGUAGAACAGGUCAGUCGACAGAUGGCGGUAGAGAAGGUUCGGCCGCGCCAGGACCGGGUCGACCCUCUGAAGCUGAUCUACACCAGCGCCGCGCGGUGCAGCUGGGAACUCUCAGAGGCACUCAACAAACAGCAGUCAUCGCAGCCCAACAGCGAGAGGGGCGAGCUGACGCGGUAGGACGGCCGUGACGUCAUCAGACUGUGACGUCACUGCUGGUGGCGUCACCCCAAACCCUGCUCAGUUGGCGCCUCGCCAAGCUACUGUUGUGUCCGUGUUUUACGAGAGGAGCGAGGGAGACUGCUUUAUAACCCAAAGUGGAUGUAUUAUUGAGGAACGAUGUGGAGAACGAUUGUCGAUUUUUUCGAGAUGGUUUGGACUUUGGUCCACGGUGUGAACGCGAGUGGUUAGGUAGAUAUCGACAAAUGAUGCGUGAAUUCUGAGCCUACGUCAUGACGGAUGCAUGUCUGUUUGCUUAUGAGCCUGAUCACUCCUGUUUCCUAAAUGACAAAAAGUUCAUAAAACCUUUUUUUUUUUGCUCCGCCAGCCUAAAGCCAGUCUGGAGCCGGAGGUCAUUACAUCUGGCAAUUUUGGCCAGGAACAAAGUUUUACGUUAAGCCGGUUUAUGUGAACCCGGAAGCAAUAGCAACGUGGGAGUCUAUCCUUAGCGUGUGUGAGCAAAUCUAAUGGGGGAACUUACUUUUGCCGAAGUGCCGAAAAGGCCGGAACAAAAAACAUAGAUGAAGAAACGGUAACAUUUAUUUACAUCACAUAUUCAUACACUUGUGUAGACUUUCUAUUGGGGCUAAUUCCCUGUGUACUGCGCAUGCGCUGGUACCGUAAAACCGCCGGAGGCUGAAAGAUAAGCCCGGGCGGCACGCGCGCUGAUGAGGCCAAUUUGCCGGCCGGUGGCUCGGCGCUCUCAGCAGCGGGUCCGUCGGAUUCGGCCGUGUGUCACUGUCGAGCAGCGGUAUGUGGACAGAAAUUUCCAGGAGGCAUCCGCUGAACACAUGGUGCGGAAACUCGGACUUCAUUAGGUGUGCAUGCUGAAAUCCGUGACGGGUCAUGGAGAGGGAUGACUUCCGUUGUACAGCAUAGCUAAACCUGGAAGAUGAUGCCGGAUAUUGCUUACCCAACCCACGUCAAUAUUAAAUUUCAUUAGCAUAGCACUGCAUCCCCCUUUAACCUGUAAUUACCGCACUGACCCAACUGAAACUGGACAAAACUACGCCCUUCCACAAUUCAGGCUGAGUUUCAGCAUAACGAACGGUGCGGCUGGGUUAAGAAAUUCGAGUUUCAAUCACACUGCAAACGCUGAAAGUUCUCAUUCUUUGCGACGCUAGCGGACCAAUCUACAGAAAACUAAGCGACAAUUAACUAUCGACGCUCAUUAUCCGCGCUAACUUUUCAUUGUUCAACAUAGUUACAAGUUGGCCGCUCUGGCCCCAGCUCGCUCUCCGGAGCAGCUCUCAGAACAUGCCGAGUCGACCAACUUCUCCGGGGCUGCUCCGUCGCCACGGUCACCGCCCGGAGGGCACAUUCGACGAAUUGAUUCGUCAGCCUGUCGCCGGUUUCAUUGCCCCAUUCGGGCUCGGACCGACGGGAAUGUCCUGCCGAGCUGACCUGCGACAUUUUCCACGACAGCAGGAGGCAGGCGUGUCGUACAGGGAAAACCCGCCCACCCGUCGACCCGUCGGCCCAUCGGCCCGCCUGCCCAUCGGCCCGUCGGUCCGUCGGUCCGUCGGUCUGUCCAAUGGUCGGUCCAUCGGUGAUUGUUGUGGGGAGCUGAGCUGAGCUGCAGAUCUGCUGCUGGGGAGAAUGCAGUUCAAAUAUCUCCUAGCUAUGCUCGCCUGAAUUGGGUCGGGUUUGUGAUGUGAGUUAUCCGGAAUAAGCCAGCAGCUUAUCCAUGCAAGUUCAUGUAUCUGGGUCUAAAUGGUCGAAACAUUGAUGAAUCGUGGCUCUUCACCAGCACGCUGACCGCUGGGCCAUGCUUCGGAUCUCCUAUAGUCCCAUCGUCAGCUUGCUGGAUAGCGAGCUGAGCUUGAGCUUCUGCAGCUCUUUUUGCGCUCUGCAAGGGGCUUAGCAAGCUCCGUCUUCUUUUAGGCUUCGCUCAGUCUUGUCACGCCUGAGCUUGCCGCCGCCUCACUCCGCGUGACGAGGGAGUUGUGGUGGCUACGCUGAUCAUCUCAUCUCUCCUGUCCGCCAUAUUGCCACUGUUAGCUGUGGAAGGUUCAGUUCAGACGUAUUCAGUCAAAUUUGUCACAUCGAGAUGAACUGGAUCAGUGAAGUAUUUGGCGAGCAAACUCCAGCUCAGCAUGUAUGUUUAUGUUUCAGUUUGACGUUAUUUUUAAGUAAAAAAGGCAAAACAACCAAGACAAUGGUAAAAAAAAAAAAAUACCAAUGAAAACUUCUCCUACCUUUCAUGAGUGAACGGAAAGAGCUCAGGUCCAAUCUAAACCCACUAUUCCUUACGUUUCCAUAGGUCUAGCAGGGAAGUAGACGCUACUCUGUGUGCACUUCAUGGACAGUGUUGCAUAGUUCCAUAACCACUGUUGGCCGUGACACUUUCCAAAUGAUCGUAAAUUGAGCUUUUCGUUGUCAUGUAUGUGAAGCUAACGAAGUGUAUGAAGUGUGUAAAUCAUGUGCGUAAAGUGUGUGUGUGAAAAUGUGUGUCGAGUCGAGAGUCAUUGCUGGGCUAAUAGUUGAUUGUUCCGAUUGUUCCGUACCUUGGCCAGGUGCGGCAAUUUCUGAGCGGUGUGCUGGCUUUUGCUGUUAGACCGCACCCAGCCCUGGCGAUGUUGACGAAUAUUUAUCGAUGUUGAAUGUUGUGCUUCGUGUUUUGUUUUUGUGCGACGCUGUGGGUGUACUAAGCCGAUUCAGAAGGUCUAUGUUGAUGCAUUGUAGGCGCGUGUGGAUGUUUCCUGAUGUGUAUGAGGUGUGGGUGCAGGUCUCAUGGGCAUCCCAGUCUUUCAUGCGUUUGUUAAGGCCGCAUUUUAUGCGUCUAUUUUUACAAUGCUGUCAGAUGUCGAAGUAUUUUGUAUAUGAAAAGAAUACAGAUAGA